ACCGACUUGAUCCCAUUCUUCAUCCGAAGCAGAUCCCUUGUCCAUUUUAUGGUGCUGUGUUUGGUGGAUUGAACAAGCUCUUUUUUAAAAAAUUGGUUAUUCCUGCUUUUUUUUCGUUGAAGAAAGGCAUCAAACGUUCAGUUGGAUCAAGUUAUAAUAUUUAAAUUUUGAAAUAUUUAGUAAUCUUGCUUUUCUUUUUUUUUGGGCCUGUUGAUAAUAAGCCCAUUCUCACUUUACAAAUUCUACUCUCUUUCGACGUCAAUUAACUCCAAAUGAGUGUUCUAACUCGUCUUUGGGUACCAUUUCAAAGAAACUGUUCUUUUCUCUCCGCUUUCAUUAAUAAAUCUCCUCUGUUUACCAAUUUUCCAACAGUUCGCAGCGUUAAAACACAUUCUGGUGCAAAGAAAAGAUGGCGCCGACUUCCUAAUGGCCAGUUUAAACGAAAACAUGCAUACGCUCAGCACUUGAAUCGAUAUACCCCAAGUGCUACUCGCUCUCGGCAUGCUCAACCUGCAUACUCAAACAAAACACAGACUAAGACGCUUCGGAAACUUCUUCCCUACGAUUAGCUCUUCUCUGACUUGAAGUUUCCUGUUCACUGAUUUACUUUAUUUUACGAAUGAAUGGUUUCGGUUGCUUCCGACAUGGCGAAAGCUGGGAAAACUAGAUUCAUUAUAAGCCUAUGAAAGUUGCAUAACGAAUUGCUGCAAAAAAUGAGAACAAACUCUUCUUUUCAUCAUCGAUUCUGUUCACUUAAUCUUUCUGUUCGAAUCACUCUUGUCAGUAAAGCAGUCAAUUGAAUUUGGGACUUCAAUACGGCAAAUUCUAGCUGGUAAUUACAAUUCUAAUUGAGCAAGGACAAGGCUGAAAUGUGUAAUACCGAUACAUCAUUAGAAUACGGGUUACAACAUCCACUUCAGUCCAUUUUAAUGACUUGAUGAACAGGUUUAAUGACGCGAUUUGAAUACCAUAAAAAGUUUCCACAUGCAAUUGUUACUAUUACCUACUCAUAUCUACAUCCUGGCUGCAACCGAUUUCGAAAUGGUUUGGCCGAGAAGCUGUAAAUUGCAAAUAUUUGUCAUCAUUAAACAAUCUGUCACAUAGGUGUUUCCAUACAUUGAAUACAUACCUCGUCCUAAUAUAUUUAUAUCUGGUGGAUCAUCAAUUAAGAAAAUCCGAUAAUUUGCCUCAUUAUACCAUUUGCUCCUUUGCCCACAACGAGCAGAAAAUUUCGACCAGAGUCAAUUGUCCGUUUAGGAUUGACAAGCUAACGGAAAUGGGGAGGCCAUUACAAGACGAAUUGAGAAAAAACAACGAUGUAAUUUUAUUAAAGAAAACCAAGCAAUUGAUGGAAAACGCAAUUCAAAAUUAUAACAUGCAUCUAGCUGAACAUCAGCAGCAGUUGACUUUCAGCAGUGCUAUUGAGUCGUUGGAUCCUGAUUCAUCCGUUAUGCAAAGGAUAUUCGAAGUUUUCAUUCGUGAAAUUGCUGGUGCUCAAAAACAAAAAAAACUAUCGCAUCGUACUGUUCAAUCCAGCCAAGUCGUUGAACGUCAACUUACUCCCACUAUCUACACUUCAUAUACUCGCAUUCCAAUUGAUACUCUAAGUCUUCCUCGACUAUCACGUUCAUUCACAUCUUUAAAUGGCACAACCGCUAUACACGAGAACCAUUCCCCAAAUCCAUUUCAAUCAUCAAUCAGCGGUGUGACAACGGACGACACGUCGCUCAGUGGCGUUCAAAGACGUUAAUCCUGCUGCUGAUUUUACCGGUAAAACACUUUAUCUGUGCUCAGAUGUGCUUAUACAUCCAAGUUGAAAUUUGUGACUCUAUCAAUCCAUGUAUCGCUGCUUUAUGUUUGUAUAAACGUCUACAACGUCAUCUAAAUCGCAGAGUUUCUCAAUGAGAUCUUGCAGCUCUUCGUUAUGAUCUUCUGAAGGUUCGACAGCAUUUCCCGGUUGUGGAACGUAAGAGAUGGAUGCAUCAGUGAUGUGGUAUCCCUUCUUUCGAAAAUAUUCUGUAGCCUUACUGAGAUUAUUGGUUUUCGUGAGAGCCACAAAAUCCCCUUCAUCUUCCGUUUUUUCGUCUUCACUUUCGAAUUUUUGCUCAUAAAUAUCAUCCGCUCCUGCUUCAAUCGCAUCUUCAACAACUUUGUCGAAUACAUCUUCAGUGUACUCCUUGGGCGCAUUCAAUUCAAGCUUCCCUUUUUUGUCGAAGAGGUAUUGGACAUCUGACAAGGAAGCGUUAUGUUUUCGUAACACGUUUUUAACGAAUGCAGCCGUUCUGGAACGAUUGUCAGUAAUGGUCUCAACUAUGAUUCCAACACCGGAAGGGUGCAUGGACUCAUAAAUCACUUCGUUUAAUGUUUGUGCAUCUUUGUUUCCUAUACCAGAGCCCUUUUUAAUCGCGUUUUCUAUGACAGCUUUAGUCAAAGAAACUAAUCGAAUGUUAAUUAGGUGAAAGCCAAUUAUUACAGACGUUCGUACACUUCUUUGCUUCUUCCAGGUAUGCUGCCAAGCGAACAUUGUUACAUGGGUUUGGUCCGUUUUCCCUAACGGCAAGCGCAAUGGCUUGGGAUAGCCUGGAUAAAAUUAGUUACGCGAACAAUUUGACAAUAAAGACAUCGCAAUCGUUUACUUAUCUCCCAAGGAAUUAUGUACCCACUGUUGAAUCACUUACUUUCCUAUUCGCAAACUCUUACUUCUGUCAUUUUCUGCCUUCUUAUGUUUUAUUUUUGACCAUUCUGUUAUUGCUUGUUAGCAUUUCUUAAUCUAAGUUGAACAUCCUUGUAAUUCUUAAUAACAAUAGUAUCAAAGUAAGUAUUUAAGGUAGCUGUUUUGUUUAUUGCUUAUUUUUUUUAAAGAAAUACUUUUUUACCAGCUAAAUUUACUUACUGUUAUGUCCUGAAAGCAAAAAGCCUGACGACGAGAACGA